AUGAUUCCCAAUACCUUGGCUCAUUAUGUCUUCAUCCGUCUGUCAAUCUGGUCCUUGCGCACAGUCGCGCCCCUGAGUCUGCUUUACUGCGCCGCCCGCCUGUUUUGGUGCAGCUUUCUCCCACAGCCGCUUGAGCUUAUUGCCCUGCUUGAGGCUGUCUUCUACCUAUGUGCCAGCCUUCCCCGCCAGUAUGCGCUGGACAGGUCGUCGCCAAGAUCCAUCCAGCGCACUCGCCAGGAGCGCCGCCGGCUGUUUGACCGCUGCUUCGGCAGCGUUCCCGAACCGGAGAAGUUCCUCGCCACUUGGUUUAAGGGUGGUUCUUUGGACGGCGUACGCGUCGAAAAUGUCAAGGACUUUCUCGCCUGGGGCUUCUUGUACAAGACGCGGGCCACGGCCGAGGACGAUGACGAGUUGAGCGAAUAUCUGCGUGAGACGGAGAAGAUUCUGGGGAGGACGUUCCCGCCCGGAAGAGGACCCCACCGUCCAACCCAGGUCUCGGCUGACGCGUUGCAGCUGCAGCACAAGCCUUUUUUGUUCUACGCGAUCGCCGUGGGAGGUGACGAUGUCAUGACCUACGCCACCCUCCGCUGGCACGGUCUCGUCCACUACCGCCUGCCCUUAUCCCAGACACUCUCCGUCUUCCCGUUCCGGCCGCACACCGCGCUCAGCAGUGGCGUGUCUCGAUCGCACCACCUCUCGUACUGGUACCGGCCGCACACGGCGGCGGCGACGAAGCGCCUCCCGAUCCUCUUGCUCCACGGCGUCGGCGCCGGACUGCGCACGUACGCCAGCUUCCUGGGCGAGUUCAUGCGCCAAGACGCCGCCGACGACGGCGAGACGGGCAUCAUCGCCGUCGAGAUGAUGGCCAUCAGCAUGCGCAUGACGCGCGGCUGCCUGGCGCGCUGCGAGAUGCUCGCCGAGCUGCGCGCGAUCCUGCGCCGCCACGGCUGGGACAGCGGCAAGUUCGUCAUCGCCGCGGACUCGUACGGCACCAUCCUCGCCACGCACCUGCUGCAGACGCUGGAGCCCGCACGGCUUGGCCCCGUGCUGCUCGCCGACCCCGUGGCAUUGUGCAUCCACUGGGGCGGCGUGCCGUUCAACUUCCUGUACCGCCGUCCGCGCUCCGCCAGCGAGUGGCAGCUGCACUAUUUUGCGUCGACCGACAUGGGCAUCGCGCACGCCAUCACGCGUCGCUUCGACUGGUCCGAGAACGUGCUGUGGAAGGCCGACCUGGCGCAGCUGCGCGACGUGACGGUCGUGCUGGCCGGGAGAGAUAUCAUCAUCGACGCACACGCCGUCAAGAGGUAUUUGCAGGAGGAUUCCGAUCUCGGGUUUAGUUUCGUCGACGUGAGAAAUUGCGGCAGGGAGAAUGGCCAGGGCUCCGUCCUGGGCGGCAUGGGCCGGACCCUGCUGUGGUACGACCAUAUCAACCACGCUGAGAUGUUUGAGACGGCUGAGGACAGGCAGCCGAUGGUGGAUAUCCUGAACAAGUACUGCUCAAUGGUGGAGUAA